AACAAGCUGGUAAACGGCGGGCUGCCCAAGAACGUGUUCAACAUGUCCAGCAUCCUGGACCUGCAGUUGUCCCAUAACCAGCUAACUCAGGUUCCUAUGAUCCCCUCAGGCCUGGAACACCUCCACCUGGACCACAACCAGAUUAAGAGUGUGAAUGGAUCUGAUAUCUGCCCUGUGUCGGCUGAUGCUCUGGAGGGCUAUGUCACUGAGACCGCUCCUAAACUCCGCUACCUCCGUCUCGAUGGCAAUGAGAUCAAGCCACCAAUACCCAGAGACCUUAUGGUGUGCUUCCGUCUCCUCAGGUCCAUCGUCAUAUAAGAAAUACACUUCCACCAGCCAAUCGCAUUUAGCUAUAGUCUCCCGGAUCCAAGGGCAGAUGAUUACUAACGAAUGGAAGUGACUAUAUGGAUUUUUGAUCUGUGGAGUACUCAUUUGCAUACUUAUGUUGAGAACCACAUAUUAGACGCCAGGGUUGGGGUCAAACCAAACUCGGUCAAUUUAAGAAUMAAUGCAAUUAAUUGGUCAAUAGAAAAUAACGGGCCAUUUUCAGUUGUUGAAUUGAGUCUCCUGAAUUGGUAGAAUGGGAAUGGAAUUGACCUCAACCUUGUUGGGUGAAGGUCACCUGACGAUCUGUAGAUAGUGUGAUUGGACUGCACUACUGUCUUUUGACCACUAGUUGUGCCUUAUGUUAGURCUAUAGUCACAAGUGCUUAAUGCAAAAGUGCAGUAUGUCUGAGUGUGCUGCUUCAAUACAGCACACAUUGGUCUGAAAGUGGUAGAAAACCUUGAAAUUGUGUUUUUCCAAAACUCUAAAAAAGACAAUAAUUUACUAUGACAAUGUGAUUGGGACAAGAUAAGAGGAAUAUUGUUUUAAACAGUAUGUAUUUAAGGCAUGUUGAAUCUUCUGAUGACUCAUUGUCCCCAUUAUUUUUCUUUGAAUGGAAGAUCAUCUUUUGUGAAUACCAAAAUAAUACUUUUUAAACAUUUUAUACUGCUCCUCUCUGACAGAAUAACUUGAAUUGAUGAUAUCAGACUUGAAACCAAAUUAAAUGCUAAUUAUUUUUA